AUGACGCUGUCAUCAAGCAGCUACAAGCCUCCAAGUGUGACCUGCCUCCUCCUGCCUUCUGAAGCAAAGCCUGGUGAGGCCUGCAGCAGGAACCAUGAUCAGAUCCACAGCCCUGAGAAGCCUGCCUCUAAAGCCCUGCAGGGCAGGGACACAACUCAGGACCUGGGGCCACCAUCGCAGCCCCCUGAGUCUUCAGAUUCCCUCGCCGAGAGUAGCUUUUCUGAACCACCCACCAUCUAUGUGGAUUGGGUAGAAGAUACAAAGGAGGAGGAAAACUCUUCUGAGGAAGACAUCUUUGAAUGCCUCAACCGAGACACACAAGUGCAGGCUUGGAGGGCUCCACGUGUGACUGCCAUUAUGGUGCCAAACUACACAUCAGUGUCUGAAUUCAUCCUCGUGGGCUUCUCUUCUUUCCCCCGUUUUCAGCUCAUUUUCUUCAUGCUGUUCCUGCUGAUGUAUCUGUUCACCCUGCUGGGGAACCUGCUCAUCAUGGCCACCAUCUGGAGUGAACACAGCCUACAUACACCCAUGUACUUCUUCCUUUGUGCCCUUUCCAUAUCUGAGAUUCUGUACACCUUUGCCAUCAUCCCACGCAUGCUGGGAGAUCUGCUCUUCCCCCACAGCUCCUCCAUCACUUUUAUGGCUUGUGCUAGCCAGAUGUUCUUCUCCUUCAUGUUUGGUUUCACUCACUCUUUCCUGCUCACUGUCAUGGGCUAUGACCGCUAUGUUGCCAUUUGUCAGCCCCUGCGCUACAAUGUGCUCAUGAGACCCCAUGGCUGUGCCUGCCUGGUAGCCUGGUCUUGGGCUGGCGGCUCAGUCAUUGGUAUGGUGGUGACAAUGUCUGUAUUCCAUCUGACUUUCUGUGGAUCCAAUGUGAUCCACCACUUCUUCUGUCAUGUACCACCUUUACUGAAGUUGGCUUGUGGACAUGAGGCGCUGGUAGUUGCCAAGAGUAUGGGCCUGAUGUGCAUCACAGCUCUAUUGGGCUGCUUCUUCCUCAUCCUUCUAUCCUAUGUCUUCAUUGUAACCACUAUCUUGAAAAUACCAUCGAUUGCAGGUCAGUACAAAGCCUUCUCCACCUGUGCGUCCCACCUUACUGUGGUGGUUGUGCAUUAUGGCUUUGCCUCUGUCAUCUACCUCAAGCCCAAUGGCUCACAGUCUCUGGAAGGAGACUCUCUGAUGGGCAUAACCUACACAGUCCUCACUCCCUUCCUCAGCCCUAUCAUCUUCAGCCUUAGGAACAAGGAGCUGAAGAUUGCCAUGAAGAAAAGCUUCUUCAACAAACUCUUUCCCCAGAACUCCUAA